AUGUCGGGCCAGAAGCCAUGGGCCAAUGUGCCCUUUGAGCUCAUUAGCAGCACUCGCGCUGGCUCCAAGAAAGGCGUCAAGACAGCGGGGGCAAACAGCAUGGCUGAGGAAAUGACCAUCAUUCACAACCUCAUCAUCCGAAUCCUCAACACGAUAUACCUGCAGUGCAUCAAUGUGGAGAAGUCGCCCAAAGACGUCCAAGACUUUGUGUCGUAUGCAAUUGAGUGGGCCAGAAUGGUGCAGGAGCACCACCACACCGAGGAAGAAACUGUCUUCCCCAGUAUCGAGAAGAUGGCGGGCGUGCCGGGGCUGAUGCAGGCCAAUGUUGCACAACACGAAGCUUUCCACGACGGCUUACAUGCGUAUAUGGGCUACUUGGAAAAAGUGCAGAAGGGCGAGGAGGCGUACAGCGGGGAGAGACUUAAAGGCAUCAUCGACUCGUUCAUGCCCAUUCUGCGACAACAUCUGAGCGAUGAAAUCGACACGCUGGUGAAGCUCGGAGACUAUGACUGCGACUGGGAGACGUGGUUCAAGAAGCUCCAGAAGGAGCUGCUUGCGAAAGCAGACGACCCUAACCUCAAGUUUGUCUUCCACGAAGCGUGA